GACAGACUACUCUGUCAUUGCCAACUAGCUCAUUAUUCUUGUACCUUCAUCUAGCACUAAAUUCUGCAAGACUUUUAACACUUUAAUGGCUUCUUCUUCAUCAUCAAAAAGGCUCUGGGAGCAUCUUCAAGAGAAACAAGAACCCUUUACAUUAGACAUUUACCUCUCAGAAAGAAGGAUGAUGCAGAGACCAUCAAGGUGCAAUUUAACAAGGAGAAGUAUUUUACACACCAGAAAGAUUCUCAAGUUAUUAUUAUACAAGCUCAUUCGCUCUGAACACAGCCAGAAUGUAUUGGACUGCCGUAAGUCUCACAAAUAUGACCUUAUAUGUAAGACGUCCGAAAAGCUCCUGCAGAGUGGAGGAUCAAAAGGGUAUUCUAGUAGAGGCAGUUCAGUUGCAUAUCAUGAGUCUCUCAAAUGUGGCAUAAAAGAUUCACCUUGUAACAAAUAUCAGGCCACACUUGUUGCCGAGACUUCCCAACCCCAUGAACAUAGCAGUUUCACAAAGCAAGAGGUUUCUACAGAUAUAAACCUUCACUGGGAAUGCGAAGAAGAUGGUAUGAAACUGGGUCCAAGAUCAUUACUAAAUGAAGCCACACCAUCAGGCACAGGGUAUGACCACCUACCUAACAAAGAAGAAAGUGCACCAACUUCAAGCACCAUUAUUGCGGAGGAAGACUCCAUAUUUUCAGCUUUUCUAACAGAAUUACUAGUGAAGCCACUGGUUGAGAAGCAGAAUCAUGCUGGAUUCAUGGAGCUACAGGAGACAAUUGGUCCAGUUUUUUCUGAGCUUCUGAAAAACAGAACGGUAUUGCAGCAGACUAAGCAGCUUAUUUUUGAUUUUAUUAAGGAAGCCAUAGAAAACCAUCAAAGGAAGAACGGGAAUCAGAAGUCCACUCAGGAAUUCAUGGAUCUAGAAGAGCUUGGAAAAAUCAUCCGUGACAAAAUUUGCCCAUGGGAAAACCAAAAUGCAGCCCAGCACAUAAAUUUUGAUGUCUCUAGCAUAGUAGAAGAAUGGGAUGAUAUACAGCAACUACACAGGAAGAUAGGGAUAGAAAUUGGAGAUGCUAUCAUGGAUGAAAUAAUUCAGGAAGUAAUUAGUUUCUUUUUUUCUGUAAAGUACUGUGUUACUAAUCAGGGCUCUUCUUGAAGUGGAGAACUACGUAUGGUUCAAUACUACAAAUGUUCAAUCACAACCGGCAGCUGAACUAAAAUGAGUUCAGCCAAUGAACCCAAGCUACUGAGCAUCAGUUGUUCAAAUUCUCAAUAUCAUGAGUUAAGAGAUUGGAAAACCAUACCAUAUCCUUAUCAUUGUGUUAACUUGGAACAAAAUUAUUGUAAGCAUUUAGAAAAUAAAUCAAUAUCAGCAAAUAUCAACAAAAAACAAAGAAAAAGCGAAGCAAAUGAGAAAAGCAGCAAUUCAUA